AUGAAGGUGUUUGUAGCGGUUCUCUUGUCGGUGCUGGGCGCCAGUCUGGUUCAAGGGCGAAUUGUGUCCAAAUGUGAGGUGCAGGAGGCGUUGGCCGACCUGCAAGACCCCAACGACCCGCGGGGGCUCACUCCGGACUUGUUGGCCAAAAUCGUGUGUCACGUUGAGGUGGCGUCGGGAUUCAACACCAGCGCGGUGACGAGGCUGGACCACAAGCGGGACCGCAGGAGCUCGGGCGAGCACUUCGACGGGUCAGGUGACUCUUCCGAGGAGAAGUCUCAGAGGCCCAACGGGAGACCCAAGGAGGUGCACUCGCUCUACGGCCUCUUCCAGCUCAGCAACCAGCUGGUCUGCAGCGACGGAGCAUCUCCGUCCUACAACAUCUGCUCCAUGAGCUGCAACAACUUGAUCGAUGACGACCUGAGCGAUGAUCUGCAGUGCGUGUCGAAGGUCGCCGGAGCUCUCAAGAAAAAUGGUUUUCGGGCGAAAUUCUUUGAAAAUCUGAAGCAAUGGUUCAUGAACAUCUACCGUCAGUGUGGAAAUAAGACGUCUGCCGACCUGGACGUCUGCGUCCAGCCCUGAUUGGACUCACACUUGUUGUAGAGAAUGUACUAAAAAAUCUAUUAAAAAAUCAUUGAAAGGC